CGGGCGCUUAUAGAGGGGAACGAGUGAAAAUGGCGAGUCAAGAGGAGUCCGUGAGGGAGUUCGUCGCUGUUACCGAUGUGGACGAGGACCGGGCCCGCUUCUUCCUGGAGUCCGCCGGGUGGAAUUUACAGCUCGCACUCGCCAGUUUCUUUGAGGACGGCGUGGAUGACGACAUCGUGACGCUCCCCCAGCCGGAGGGCGGCUCCUCGGUGUCCCGGCCGGCAGGGCCCAGCAGUCAGCCCAGAGUGACCUCCUUCAGAGACCUGAUGCACGAGGCCGAGGAUGACAGCGACGAAGAGGAAGGGCAAAGGUUCUUCGCGGGCGGAUCGGAGCGCAGCGGCCAGCAGAUCGUCGGGCCUCCGAAGAAGAAGAGCUCCAACGAGGUGGUGGAGGAUCUGUUCAAAGGGGCCAAAGAACACGGAGCCGUGCCUUUGGACCGGAGCGGGCGGGGCCCCGGGGAGCCCAGCAGAGCUCAGGCCUUCGUCGGAGGAGGCUACCGGCUCGGCGCCGCGCCGGAGGAGGAGUCCACCUACGUGGCCGGAGAGAGGAAAGCCUCCAACAGCCAGCAGGACGUCCACGUGGUGCUCAAGCUGUGGAAGACGGGCUUCAGCCUGGACGACGGCGAGCUGAGAAACUACAACGAUCCUGGAAACGCCAACUUCUUGGAGGCCAUCAGACGGGGGGAGAUUCCCCUGGAGCUGAGGCAGCAGUCUCACGGAGGCCAGGUCAACCUGGACAUGGAGGACCACCGGGACGAGGACUUCACCAAGCCCAAGCUGGCCUUCAAGGCCUUCGAAGGGGAGGGGCAGAAGCUGGGCAGCGCCACCCCGGAGCUGGUGUCGGGUCCGGCCAUGUCCCAGCAGGACCAGGCCGCCAGCGAGGCGCAGGCCAGCGCCGCCGUCAGCCUCAACACCUCGCAGCCCGUCACCAACAUCCAGAUCCGGCUGGCCGACGGCGGCAGGCUGGUGCAGAAGUUCAACCACAGCCACACGGUGUCGGACCUGCGGCAGUUCGUGGUGGCGGCCCGGCCCGCCUUCGCCGCCCGGGAGUUCGUCCUCAUGACCACCUUCCCCAACAAGGAGCUGUCGGACGAGAGCCAGACGCUGCAGCAGGCCAACCUCCUCAACGCCGUCAUCGUCCAGCGGCUAAAGUGAGGCCGCCCCGCCCCGCCCCCCCUCGCCCGCCCCGCCCCCUCCCUCCCGGCUGGUCGUGGCCCAGCGGCCCUCUGAAACCCGCCGCCCCUUCUGAGGGGGGAGAAAUCAUGGACUUAUGUAUGAACUUCUAAUUUCUGAUUUAUUUUGCUUUUCUAAAGUGAAACGUAACCCUCUGCUCCCCCCCCCCCUCCCCCCUCCCCCCGGUGAUCCAGCGUUGAGUUCGGAGGAUCACCGAGUCAGUUCCCAUGCAGUCCCGCUCCUCCCGUUCCAUUAACCCUCUGAGACGCUGCCUCCAGCAGGAGGCGUCGUCCAGCCUGCGCUCCUCUCUCUGCUCCCUGUGGAGGAAGAGGAGGAGGAGGAGGAGGAGUAGCCUUCCUCUCCUCCUCAGCUCAGAUCCAGCCAGAGCUCCUUUCUCAAGCUGCCUUCUCCCCUCCUCUUUUUUUCUCUCUCUCUCUCCUCCACUGAUGUUUGACUUGUUGCAGUUCGAGGCGUUUUGAUGAAGUUAGCUUUGUUUUAGAGCCCAGCGGUCGAGCAGGAGAGCGAACGGAUUGUAGACACUGGUCUGGAGUAGCGGGAGCUGAGUUCCUCUGAUACACUGACAUCUUCUAUGCAUCCUGGAUCAACACAGAAGUAUGUUUGGACCUCUGGUGAAAUAAAUCCAUUUUAUGGCUGAUGUAUGAAGAA